AUGGGAGGCAAGAAAGCAGCAGGAGAAAACACCAAGAAGGUCGCUGGCAACGCUCGUAAGGCGGAGGCCGCGGCAGCAAAGAAGGCAGCUGAAGACCAGAAGAAAUCUGCAGAGGAAGAGAAGCAAUGGUCAAAGGGAUCCAAGGGAAAUGCUAAGAAGGAAGAGGCCGAAGCCAAGAAAGCUGAAGCUGCCCGCAAGAAGGCAGAGCGCGAUGCUCUACUAGCCGAGGAGGAAGCUUCCCAACCAGCCAAAGCCAAAGGCGCGAACGCAAAGACCGCACAGAAGAAGACUCGUGGCCUCGAUCUUUCACAACUGGACGAACCUACCAGCACGAAGGGCUCUGCCAUUAGCGCCACUGGUAUUGACAAUGCGCUGGACGCCCUGUCUUUAACCUCGAAGGAUACCUCGAAGAUCGACCGACACCCAGAGCGACGAUUCAAGGCUGCAUAUGCCGCUUUCGAGGAGAGGCGGUUGCCAGAAAUUGAAAAGGAACACCCUGGUCUACGCCGAAACCAGCGCAUGGAUCUUUGCAGGAAGGAAUUCGAGAAGAGCGAAGAGAACCCAUUCAACCAGGUGCAUGCGGCCAUCAAUGCUACCAAGGAGGAAGUCGCCGCGCUUCGCGAGAGCGAGCGCAAGAAGGUCGAGACCAGACUCGGUGGCAAAUAG